UACAAGGCGGCCAUGUAUGUGGGGAAACUAUGCAAUACAAUUACCUAAAUUGUAUGGUGCAUGUAUAAAAUGUAUAAAAGAACUAUACUUAAUUUUAAUGCACACGUCCCUCAUUUUCCAGACCUAGUUUUGCUCAAUAAAAUAUGUUUGUGUGACAACAGCACCUCCCUGUGUUUAAAUGAGGGAACUGCACUUUGUACUGCCAACAGAUCCCAGGCAAAUAUUCGAUCAUUUAUUUUCUUUAUCGAUUUUCUUUAUUUUUUUACCGAAUUUCCCAGCGUUUCCCAAAGUGAUAAAUUCUUAUAUUAGAUUUUGAUUAAUUCGGCAUAUUAAUAUAAUUGGUAAUAGCAUUUUCUUUAAUUUAAAAUCAACUUUGAGCUUUGGUUUACCGUUUACAGGAAGUUAGUUCAUGGGUAUUCUGUGUGAGACAACACCAUAAUAAAAGUUGAAAACUUAAUUAUAUGAUGGCUUAUAACGGAUGUUAUUUAUGCCGAAUCAAAGAGGGGGAUCUCCUUAAUUCAGAGAGUUAUUUAAAUCAAGUUUGCUAACUGAUCACGCUUCCUGAAAUCAAAUCAUCUUUAAAUUAUCAUUUUUUUUAAACGGAGUUUGGCGUGCACUCUUUCCUAGCGCGUGCCGCUCAGCUUGCUCUGUUGUGUGAUGUCUCGCGGUGAAAUGAGAUCCAACCCGUCCCCGUGCACACCUCGGACUGCCUCAACCUGCUUACCCACAACAAACCCGCGCGCCAGGAAGACUCGGCUCAUCAGUCGGUGUCAUCAAUGACGUCUCACCUGUCGGUCACUCUUCAACAGGCUGCACCUCCACUUGUGCGUAAUGUUUAACGCCGUUCACCAGGGUCGCAAAUACGUCCCCACGCGCUCGUCGGUCACGGAUGACUCUCCAUUACCCGUGCGGACUGUUCUCAUCAACAAAUCCCCCGGGACGCUGAGCGAGGCAGCGGAGGCUACUUGGCCACCGCCGGGCGCUAAGAUGCGGAUCUCUAAAGCCAGCAAGGGCGCGGUGGUGGUGCGGGCGGUCCGGAGGCACCCUCCGUCUCCUCAGCCGGCCAGUCUGGAGAGCCUGGAGGCGGCGUGGAGUGAGAGAACGCACCCGGAGGGGAAAUCACCGGAGAGUUCACCGAGCCAUGACGGGAGAGACAGCGAGCCAGGAGCUGUCGGGAACGGGAUGGAGGGUCACGGAGGAGGACCACCGCGGGCCAGGAGGAGGGGGUUCAGACCCCCCGAUGUGAGGACCAUCUUCUCCCCCGGAGAGAGGGACCCCAGGGUGAAAGAGGAGUCCGGGGAGGGACACACCUUCGAGCCUGGAGGCGGGAACACCUGGUGUGAUGUGUGCUGCAGCUACAUCUUCCAGCAUGGUCUCACCUGUGCAGGUUGUAAGUACGCGUGUCACACUGCCUGUCGGGACCGAGUGUCACUGGACUGUCAUGCUGCAGCUUCACCUGUCAGUCAGGACCAGCUCAACAACAACACACCGCCACAUGAUGUAGAGAAGGAGAGAGAGCUGCGGACAGAGCUCAGCCGGGAGGAAAUCAGGCAGAAGAUCGAGCAGUACAACACGCUGACCAAUGACCACCUUAAAAUGACUCUUGGUCCUACUGGUGUGUAUACUGGUUUCAUCAAGGUCCAGAUGGAUCUGAGGAGACCGGUGACGGUGCGGGGGGGUCAGAGAGGAGCAGGAGGAGCCCUGGUGCAGGAGGCUUUCUAUCUGCCCAGAGGAGUCACCAACACCCUCCACAUCAGCUCCAAUAACACAGUCAGACAGGUGAUCGUCGCCCUGCUGACGAAGUUCACAGUCGCUGACAACCCGGCCAAAUACGCCUUGUACAAACGCUACCGCAGGGAGGAGCAGGUGUAUGUGUGUAAGCUGGCGGAUGGCGAGCAGCCGCUGUUCCUUCGUCUGGUGGCAGGACCCGACACCGACACACUCAGCUUCGUACUGAGGGAACAACAGACUGGAGAAGUCAUGUGGGAUGCGUUCUCCAUCCCCGAGCUGCGCAACUUCCUGCGGAUCCUCGACAAGGAAGAGGAUGAGCAGAAGGAGGCGGUGAUUCGCCGCUACGAGGCCUACCGCCAGAGACUGCAGGAGGCGCUGAGGGAGGUCAGAGGGCCCUCUUAGAGGAUUAACCCCCAGUGAACAGGACUACUGCCCCCUAGAGGGACGGAGGAGGGAUUUUUUUUUCUUCCCCGCAGAGAAGAAAACUAGUGUAAAUUUGUGAAUGCAGAGUGAGGAGAGAGGACCCAGCGCCUGGAAGAAGGGAUGAAACAGACCGAAAGAGGGAGGAUAUAAACAGAGAGACAGCAAGCGAAGGAUGAACGGACAAAAUCCGGAUGCUGGAGUUUGAUUCAUUCCGGAUUAAAGACUUCAAACUGCUGCCUGCUCACACCAAAGAUUCACUUCAUCGUGCCAUAUUCAUUCAUCUUCUCUCCCUCUCUUCAUCCAUCCCUCUCUUCUUACUCUUCUCUCUCUGUCCUGCUGUCACAUAAUUUAUCUGAUUUUUCCUCUUUUCUCCUUUUAAACUUGUGAAAGACUCAAGGCCAUAUGUUGAGUUAGAGUUUUAUUUAAUUUUUGUUUGUUUUAAAGGUCUGUACAUAUUUUUUUUCUUAAUUUAUAUGGGUGAAGCUUUUUAUUGUUUUCUUGAAAUGACAAAAGUCUUAUUUUAGUUUAUUGUACAGAGGCGGAGCACCGAUCUGGUUGUUGACACAGACACGGAGAAUAGUUUAUCCAGACUGCUACUAGAGGUAAACACACAACAUGAGUGUCAGCUGUAGCUACAAAGACAAGACAGGAAUAUCAGAUCAUUUAGAGCAGUGGUUCCCAACUGGUCCAGAUUUCUCCUGAGUCAUUAGUUCAAGGUCCAAACAGUUUAACAUGUUCAGCAUCAUACUCGCGUUUGGCCAUGUUGUGCAGGAGUUUGCUGUCUCUGUUAAGUAGUUGUCUGUUAGUCUCUGUCAUUUACAAAUUUGACACGUUGGCGAGUCACUUGCAUCCAUUCAGAAUGGACCCACAACCCGCUUUUGGAGUGCGACCCACCAGUUGGGAACCACUGACUUAGAGAAUACUCUGGACGUACUGUAAAGACGUCGUCAUCAGUUUUGCAUUUUGCUUGAAUAAGUUGAGAAAUAUGUCUGAAGUGAGAAAGGGAACAUGCAUGUACGGAGUCUCAAGUGUGCCAAAAGAAAAAUGUAAUGUUUAGUGUGUUUAAUCAUAUUUUUUUUAUAUAUUGUUUUACUUUACAUUUAUUGUGUUUAACAGAAUAUAAAGGUAGAAAAAUAAACAAUCAAUUAAGGAGACAAGGUCACCAAGGGCAAGAUGUUCUCAUUAGAUUUGUACCGUUUGCUUGGUGCACGUAAAACACAUUUUUACAUUAAUCAGAUAAUUCAAUGGGUUUUUUUUUCUCUUUAAAAUGAAGUAAUACUUUUUUAAUUGAAUCAAAUUGACAAAAUCCCCCUUAAAAAAAAUUAAUAUUCCAUUUACUAAUGUGUCCACCUUUUUUCUCAUGAAUAAUUCUUUUCCUUCUGUUACAUUUAUAAUUUGAAUUUAACGAGCCAACUCAAUAGUAAACAAAAAACAACCAAAAAAAAAAUGCAAUUUAAACAACUUUUAAAAUUAAUUUAGCAAUUACGUUAUAAAUAAAACAAAAAUCAAGUUGAUGAAUCAAUUUGAUACAAAUAGAAAGUAAAGGUAGAAAAAAUAAAUAUUAAAUUAAGGAGACCACAAGAGGCAAAACGUAAAAAUUUAAGUUCUCAUUUAAUUUGCAUCAUUUGCUUGGAGCAAGUAAAACAAAUUUUUUUACGUUAAUCAAAUAAUUAAAUGUUUCCUUUU